CAUACAGCACAAAUUCAAACUAACACCUCCUCAGCUUGGCCACCAAAUUCCUAAUAAUAUUGUAGAAUUAUACCUCCAUAAAUACAGCACCUAUAAGCUGGUCCCCGAUGCUUCAAACCUCUUCAUUCCAAAUUCCAAAUUCCAAUUAUGGCCAAUUCUCUAAGACUUGCCUUUCUUGUUCUUUUCCAGAGCUCGUUGGCUCUGUCUUUAGCUCACCGUUACCCAACCAAGUGCAGCUUUGACAAACUAGUCGCACUCGAACCCACCAAACGGGUUGAGUCUGAGGGUGGUUUUACUGAGUACUGGGACUCCAAGAAUGACCAGUUUCAGUGUGUUGGAGUUUCAGCCCUUCGCUACUCAAUCAAACCCAAAGGGCUCUUGUUGCCUCACUACAUCAACGCUCCAAGACUUCAAUAUGUACUUCAAGGAACAGGAAUUUUGGAAACGGUGGUUCCAGGAUGCCCUGAAACUUUCCGAGAGCAAACACGGCACGGAGACCAGCAUCAGAAAAUCCAUGCCACGAGGGAGGGAGAUGUUAUCGUAGUUCCAACUGGUUCUGCGCAAUGGAUUUAUAACAGUGGUGAAACUGAUAUGGUUAUAUUUUCAGUCAUAGACUCUGCCAAUGAAGAUAACCAGCUGGACCUGAAAGUCAGAAAGUUUUUUCUAGGUGGGAAACCGCAAGAAGAGAAGGGAGAGGAAGGCAACAUGUUCAGUGGAUUGGAAUUGAAGACAGUGGCGGAGUCGUUGGAUAUUGAUAUGGGGAUAGCAGGAAAAGUGCAAGGAGUGGACGAUCCAAGAGGUUCGAUGAUCAUUGUGGAAGAUGAGCUGGAGACUUUAAGCCCCGCGGUGGAAGAGAGUGGUAAUGGUAACGGCCUGGACGAAACAGUGUGUACUCUGAGACUUGUUCAUCAGCUAGCUGAGUCCACAGAUGCUGAUAAAUACAACCCACGCGCUGGAUUCUUGACUGCUCUCAACACCCCUAACCUUCCCGUCCUUCAAUAUGUCCAACUUGGCGUUGAUCGAGGUGUUCUCUACAAGAAUGCUGUGAUGGCGCCACACUACAAUUUGAACUGUCACGCUGUGAUUUACGGAACAGAGGGUAGGGGAUGGAUCGAGGUGGUGGGAGAAAAUGGAAGAAAGGUGUACGAGGGAGAGGUGAGGGAGGGGCAGAUACUGAUCGUGCCGCAGCAGUUUGUGGUGGCGAAGAAGGCUGCAGAAGGCAGCGAUGAAGGGUUUGGUUGGAUAGCGGUAAAGACGAGUGAUAACCCAAUGAUAAGCCCUCUUGCUGGAAAGCUUUCACUAAUCCGGGCAAUGCCUCUCCCUGUGCUCAUGAACUCCUUUCGCUUGACCGCAGAAGAAGCUAUCAGCUUGAAGAAGAGAGGGGAGCUAACUCUCUUUAGCCCUGACCCUGCCCAGACUCAAAUAUAAUAAUUAAGUUGCAGACAUUCUGGGCCACUGUCUCUAUCUAUCUAUGUAUGGAAUAAAUCACUCCUCUUCUCUUCUAGUCCAGUGCUGGAACUAAAUGAAA